ACGUAGAUUUUCUAUCACUUUUUUUUCUUAAAUCUGUAGCUAUACUCAAAUCAAUUUUGAAAUGUUGGAAAUACUAUAUAACAUUCCAUUUCUAUUCCUCGAACCACCCAAUCUAAAGCUUAAGAAAAUAACAGUACCAAUUCCAUCAGCAAAAACAAUAUUUUUUAUGGUACUUUUAUCGUAUUUUUUGGUAUGCGCUGGAAUCAUAUAUGAUAUCAUCGUUGAGCCACCCUCAAUAGGGAGCACAAUUGAAAAUGGCCAUACAAAACCUGUGGCAUUUCUUCCUUAUAGAGUUAAUGGCCAAUACAUCAUGGAAGGUUUAGCAUCUUCUUUUCUUUUUUCAGUGGGAGGUGUUGGCUUCAUUAUUCUUGAUCUUGCUGGAGAUGGAAAGCCGAAAUUGAAUAAACUUCUUUUAACUUCACUUGGCUUCAUAUUCGUGAUCAUAAGUUUUUUCACUACAUGGGUUUUCAUGAGAAUGAAAUUACCAGGAUAUCUUCAAGCAUAAUGUUAAUAAUAAAUUAAUCGAAUUUCAUAUUAUUCUAUGUUAUUCUAUAUUGCAGUAAACAUUUUGAAUAAUAAAGGAUAUUCUUUCUCAAAAAAUGACUUUGAAUCGAAUUUUAAAAAUUAU